CCCCGGGCCCCACCCCCACGGUCCUCACGCGCAGCCUCCGUUCGCGCAGCCGCAGCCCAUGGUGCCCGGGGACCAGGACUCCCCCCUGCACAGCACAUACCAUGAGGAGGGUCCCCCCUCCUACUAUGACACUCAGGACUUCCCAGCUCCUCAAUGGGACGACAGCAGCGUCAGACAGGCGUUCAUCCGCAAGGUGUUCCUGGUGCUGACCCUCCAGCUCAGUGUCACCUUCACCUUCGUUGCCUCCUUCACGUUCCUGGAUGGGCUCAAGGUGUUUGUCCAGACUCACACCUGGAGUUAUUACCUGUCCUAUGGAGUCUUCUUCUGCUGCCUGCUGGCCCUGAGCUGCUGCGGGGACCUGCAGCGCCGGCACCCAUGGAACCUCAUGGCGCUGUCCAUCCUGACCCUCAGCCUGUCCUACAUGGUUGCCAUGGUCGCCAGUUUCUAUGACACUGAUGCUGUUCUCAUGGCCGUGGGUAUCACUGUGCUCGUCUGCUUCAGUGUCGUCCUGUUCUCCAUGCAGACCAGAUACGACUUCACCUCGUGCCGGGGGGUGUUACUGGUGUUACUGGUUGUACUGGUUCUCUUCUCCAUCCUGCUCCUCUGCGUCCGCAACCGGGUCCUGGAGCUCAUCUAUGCAGCACUGGGAGCCCUGCUCUUUACUGGGUUUCUGGCCGUGGAUGUUCAGUUGUUGCUGGGGAACAAAAAUCUCUCCCUGAGUCCAGAGGAUUUUGUGUUUGCAGCUUUGAGUCUUUACACUGAUAUCAUCAACAUCUUCCUGUACCUGCUGGCGCUGGUGGGCAGGGCCAAGGAGUGACCCACACCCUGACCCAUAGCUGCCCCAUAA